ACAUAUGUGGGUAGAUUUAGUAAUCAGGCGCCGACUGAAUGUGGGUAGGCUUAAUUCUUCGUUCUCGAAUACAUUCUAUGUUGAACGGACGUGUUUCCUUGGUGCCUCCUCAUCAGCCCUUACCCUGGCCAGAAGGCAUAUUUAACAGUGGCGACGGGACUGUGAUCUACGUGUCGAACUUUUUAGUGUUGUGGUUUAGUUAAUCGUGUUAAUAAACAGUUACAAUGGCAGUCGGAAAGAUAGCCCCGUUCGAUAUGAACAAAGAUUGUUGGGACUUAUACGUGGAGCGUUUAGAACAGUAUUUUAUAGCGAAUUCAGUGAGUGACACGGUUAAAGUGGCUACUUUAAUUACUGUGAUAGGCAGUGACGCGUAUGAACUUAUGGUUAAUUUGUGUACGCCGGCGCGCCCGGCAACAAAGACUUUUGAUCAGUUGAAGGCCAUUAUGAAAUCGCACUUGCAACCUAAACCGAGUGUAUUAGCAGAAAGGUUCAAAUUUCGACAACGACGUCAAGCGAGUGAUGAGAGCAUAGCUGAGUAUGUCGCAGCCUUGAAGAAAAUGUCAAUGACUUGCAAUUUUGGCGCGGACUCAUUGCAAGAAAAUUUAAGGGACCAAUUUGUUUGCGGUCUAUCGAAGGAUGUUAUACGACAGCGGCUAUUCGCAGAGGAGGAAAUCACGUUCGAGAAAGCUUUUAAAUUAGCCGUAACGAUAAAUUCGGCCGAGACGGAAUCGGCGGUUAUGGAGAAGCGAGUAGACAACCAUGGAGGAAGUACGGGUGUCUACCAGGUGGCAUCGAGCCGGGGGCGGGGGAGCUACGGUCACGGAGAAGCCGUCGGGGGACGGAAGGUCACGGGGGCUACGCGAGGUUGGGCGGGCGCCGGGCGCGGCGCGAGCGGCCGGGGCGGACGGCGCGGGCCGGGCGUCGCGGGCGCCGGCCGCGAGCGCGGCGCGCACGGCGGCGCAGCUGGCUGCAAGGUGUGCGGCGGCAGUCAUGACUCCAACACGUGCAAGUUUAAGGCUUACGUGUGUCGGGUGUGCAACCGAGAUGGACAUCUGAAGAGGAUGUGCCCGAGACUACGCGAGGAACAGCUGUUCGCGUUGUAUGACGGAGACGCGGAUGGGCAGGUGGCGUUUAAAGAAGUUUUUGAAGACGGUUUGGGGCGGUUCACGGGCGGCAAGGUCGGGUUCGCGCUGCGCGAGGGGGCGCGGCCGGUGUUCCUGCGCGCGCGCCCGCUGCCGUACGCGCUGCGCGAGCCGGUGGAGCGUGCGCUGGAUCAGCUAGUGCGCGACGGCAUCAUCACGCCCGUGCCCACCUCGGACUGGGCCACUCCCGUCGUACCGGUCGAGUAUGCGGGAGGUACGUCUAGACAGUUGGAUAUCGGGGAGGAAGUGUGGGCACGUAAUUACACAGGAGGGGAAAGAUGGAUAGGAGGGAAAAUUGAACAAAAAGUAGGAUCUCGCAACUAUAUAGUUGGUAGGGAAAAUGGUCCACCCAUCAAACGACAUAUCGAUCAGCUUAAAAAUAAAUGGUCAAGCACGAUUGAUGUGUCCGUACCAAACUCUCCGAUUUCGAUAAAACCACCAAACGAAUUUUCUACUGAUACGACGACGGGAGGGGUGCCAGAACCGGUAACAAGCAAUUCUGAGUUAAGGGUCGUGAGUGGUUUACCGUUGCCGGGUGCACCGGCCGCGCCCCCUACAUUGCCGGCCUCCGGGGAGGGCCCCAGACCGAUCCGCACUAGGAAACCCGUUAAAAGAUACGGGUUCGACUUCAAUUAG